ACAGAGAUGUGGAAACAACUCAUCUUUCUCUUCGUUUCGAUAAAGGUGUCUCGCGGCGUUGUCUUCUUCCCCGGAAACAGGCCGGGGGUCAGCUCCGGCGGGGGGAAUUUCCCUAUAAUUGGGGGAAGUUUUCCUUCAGGCGGCGGGAGCUUUCCGUCCAGCGGGGGGAAUUUCCCUACAAGCGGGGGAAACUUUCCUACAAGCGGGGGAAAUUUUCCGUCAACAGGAGGUUUCUUUCCUCCGCCUGGUAGCAGCUUCCCCGUCCAGGGACAAACGUUUCCCGUGCCCUGCAAUUCGCAAGUCGAGGUCUUCCCCGGCGUGUCCUACAGUAUAUUGAGUCCGGGGUAUCCUUCUCCAUCGCCUCCUUGGACUCUCUGCAGAUGGUACUUUUUUGUUCGGGAUGUCACUCGGCGCAUGACAAUCACCUGUCAGGACUUCUCCCUGCCUGCCUCGUCUGACUGCCGGGGGGGCCCUUUCUCGCCAUCGCCUCUGGGGCCAAUGGGUAUCAGUGGUCACUGUCCGCGCGAGAACGGCCCUCGCAACGUCGCCUCAACAUCCAACAUCUUGGAGGCGGUCUUCUGGGCCAGCUGGGCUUCCUCCGCGGCCUCUAAAGGGGUCAGCUGCACGGUGGGCCUCGCUAUCCGCUGCUGCUCCUGCUUUCGCGCACCUGUAGCCUGGAAACCAACAGGGUGGUGGGCGGAGUGGCUGCCCGUCUGCACGAGUUCCCUUGGGUGGUCCUGCUGUUACUGCCCGAAAACAGAUUCUGCGGGGGCGUCCUCAUCAACGAACUCUACGUCCUCACCGCCGCCCACUGCAUACGCCCACCGGCCCUCCCGACGAAACCCUCCCGAAGUCGUAGUCGGCGAGCACGACCGAACACGUGCGGACGAGACGGCGUCCACGAGAACUCUCUCCGUCUCGAGGGUCAUAAACCACGAGAGCUACAACGAAUCAGUCACCAGCGAGAACGACAUCGGACUCGUGCAGCUGUCCUCCGCCCUCGACUUCGCGGCGACUUGGCCCGACGUCGCCCCCGCGUGCCCGCCCGACGCCCUCAGCGCCUACGACAGCGCCAACGUCACCGUCGCCGGCUGGGGUUAUCUAAGUUACCCCUCGAAUCCUUCCUUGCCGAGGGUCCUGCAGAAGGUCGACGUCCAGACGGUGCCCGUGAGUGAGUGCAUGAAGCAGUAUAAGAAGGGGAAAGUGACUCAGAAUAUGAUUUGUGCUUCGGCGCCGGGGAAGGACGCAUGCUUCAGCGACAGCGGAGGCCCCCUGAUGGCGCAGCAGGGCGACCGCUGGGUGGUCAUCGGCAUCGUGUCCUUCGGGCCGUCGGCGUGCGCUCAGCCGGGCGUCGCGGGCGUCUACACGAGGGUGGGAAAUUAUCUCCCUUGGAUCAUAGACAAAAUUGGCAACGCUCGCACGUGUCCUCCCUGAUACACGUGUCCUCCCUGAUACACGUGUCCUCCCUGAUACACGUGUCCUCCCUGAUACACGUGUCCUCCCUGAUACACGUGUCCUCCCUUGAACACGAAUCCCCCUUGGAAUAUGUGUCCUUCUUUAGACAUGAAACGUAUGUCUUCCCUGAUACGUGGGCUCUUCCGUGUACAUGUGGUCUUCGUGUGACAUUCCUGAUACAUGUACCUGAUACAGUG